UCCACAAGAAUUUAAUGGCAUGGAUGUCUUAAAUAUGGUGAAUCAACUUCAUUCUAUCACUUUUGGCUUGAAGGCACCCAAACAACAACAACCUGGCUUUGGUACAAGGCAUAAUUGGGUGAAGAAAAGCAUAUUCUGGGAAUUACCUUAUUGGUCCACUAAUCUAAUACGACACAAUUUGGAUGUCAUGCAUGUUGAAAAAAAUGUGUUUGACAAUAUAUUCAACACUGUCAUGGACAUAAAGGGAAAGACGAAAGACAAUGCAAAUGCAAGAGCUGAUUUGAAAGAUAUUUGUAAACGCCCAAGUUUAGAGUUGAUAUUUGAGAAUGAAAUGUAUAAAAAGCCAAAGGCGACAUAUGUCUUGAAUGAUAAUCAAAGAAAGAAAGUGUGUGAGUGGAUAAAACAAUUAAAAUUUCCAGAUGGAUAUGCAUCUAACAUAUCACGUUGCAUUAAUAUAGAUGAAGGAAAGAUAUAUGGAAUGAAAAGUCAUGACUGUCAUGUUUUUAUGCAAAGACUAAUUCCUUUGGCAUUUCGUGAUAUGUUGCCAAAGCCAAUAUGGGGAGUAUUAACAGAACUCAGCUUGUUUUUCAAAGAAAUUUGUGCACAUGAGAUACGUACUUCUGUCAUGGACAAUGUUAAGGUUUCCAUUAUUGAAACAAUUUGCAAGCUUGAAAAGAUUUUCCCGCCAGCAUUCUUUGAUUCCAUGGAACAUUUAAUUGUGCAUCUCCCUUAUGAAGCCAAGGUUGGAGGACCAGUGCAGUACAGAUGGAUGUAUCCAUUUGAGAGGUGCAUGUUGUACUUGAAAAAGAAGGUUCGAAAUAAAGCAAGGGUUGAAGGAUCCAUUUGUGAAGCUUAUAUUGUGGAAGAAAUUUCUAAUUUUGCUUCUAUGUACUUUGAUCCAACUAUACAAACAAGACACACUCAAGUUCCUCGAAAUGAUGAUGGUGGUGAAGAUGCCAAUGGUGAUGAUAAGUUGUCUAUUUUUAAAUACCCAUGUCGUCCUAUUGGCAAGGGUCAAAAAAUAAUAUUAACAGAUAAAGAGCUUGAAAUUGCUGAGACAUAUGUUCUUGUAAAUUGCAAAGAAGUGGAACCUUAUCUCCAACAAUUUGAGGAUUCGCUAAAGGAAACAAAUCCCAAUAUUGAUGAGGAUGAAAUAGUGGAAACUCGCGAUAAAAACUUCAGUAAAUGGUUGAAACAUCAAGUAAGUACAAAUCAAGUUGAUGAUCAAAUGAUUAAAGAGAUAAGUUAUGGUCCAUCUAAAUUUGCAACUUCUUUUAAUGGCUUAAUAGUUAAUGGAUAUAGAUUUCAUACUAAGGACUAUGGACAUAAUAAAGCCACCAUGAAUAGUGGGGUAUGCGUUCGGGGAAAUAUAUAUGGUGAGAAUGAUUUAGACUAUUAUGGAAUUGUUGAGGAUAUAUUAGAAUUAUCAUAUCUUGGACAUCAAAGAGUAAUUAUCCUACGCUGCCACUGGUUUGACCCAAAUGGUGUCACUAUUGAUGAAAGAUAUGGGUUGGUUGAUAUCAAACAUAAAUCAAAGCUUCAAUCAGAUGAGCCAUUUGUUUUAGCUGAACAAGCACAACAAGUUUACUACACAAGAUACCCACAAAGUGGGGGUAGAUCUAGUGAUGAAUGGUGGGCAGCUUGCAAAGUUAGACCGAAACUUUUUAUGGCUGAGACAUUAAAUGAUGAAUUUGGUGGAUCAAAUGAGCUAACUUAUACUGAUUAUUACCAAGAUGAUGGAUCCAUAAGAGCACACCAAAGUGUUAUACACGAUGAGACGAUACCAUUGUUUGAUGGAAUUGCUCCAAUGGAAGAAGUAGGCAACAAUGAUAUACAUCAUCCAAUGGACAACUUGCAUCAUGAUCACUUCAUUGAUGAUAUUGAAGAUGAUGAGAUUGAAGAUAUUAACGAGUUCAUAGAUGAUGAGGAAUUAUAUGAUUCAGAAUCUAGUUAUGAUUAACAACUUGAUUUUGAAAGGUAAUCAUUAUGCCAACUACUCGAGGAAGAGG